AGCAGUUCUCGUCUCGUUCUCAUCUCUCUCUCUCUCUCCAGUAUACAAGUGAAACCCAGCAAGAGUGCAGAGUACAGCGCACUCUCUCUUUCUCUCUCAGCGCUCUCUCUCUUCUUUCUCUCUCUGUGUGUGAUGCAAUGAGCCCACUGUGGUGAGUGGUUGGUACAGAGACAAGGAAGCAGAAGCGGCAGGAGCAGAAGCAAUGGGGUUCUACAACGGCAGCGUCAUCAACGACCAGCUGUCCAGGCGAACUUCCAUCUUUGGCCUCAGGCUGUGGAUGGUGCUCGGCAUCUCAGUCGGAUCCGCCAUCGUCCUCCUUCUCUUCCUUUUCUCCCUCUGGUUCACCUCCCGCCGGAGCAGCGGCGACGAGGAGGACCGCCGUUCCUCCUCAAAGAACAAGACAAUUCCGCUCUCUAACCACCACAUCCGUGACAACAGCUGUCGCCAUUCUCCACCCAGCAGCAAACCCGUCAUUCCCAAAGUCUGCAAGGAGAUCCAGGAGAUCAGAAUCGACCAUACCCAGAAGCCCGUUUCAGAAAACAAGCCGCUUCUCCAAGUUUUGGCUCUGCCUGCUCCGGAUUCCGGCCCCCAGCAAACGUCCAGCGAGGCCGACGACCUCGGUGCUCGCAACGGGAUCCAUGUUGACAUCGGUAAGGAGAACCGGAUCACCUUUCCGGAGCUACCGCCGACAACUUCUUCCCACGCCAGCGGCGAGAGCCGGUCGACCGCCGAUCCGGCGGCGGCUCCCUCCACGCCGGAGGUCUCCCACCUCGGCUGGGGGCAUUGGUACACCCUGCGUGAUCUUGAGGUCGCCACCAACUUCUUCGCUGACGAGAACGUGAUCGGCGAGGGCGGCUACGGCAUCGUCUACCGCGGGGUCCUGCAGGACAACACUUCGGUUGCCGUCAAGAAUCUGCUUAACAACAGAGGACAAGCAGAAAGAGAGUUUAAAGUCGAAGUGGAAGCUAUCGGGCGGGUUCGGCAUAAGAAUUUAGUGAGGUUACUUGGCUAUUGCGCGGAAGGAGCUCAUAGGUUGCUUGUUUAUGAAUAUUUGGACAACGGGAAUUUGGAACAAUGGCUUCAUGGGGAUGUAGGGGCCUGCAGCCCUUUAACAUGGGACAUUCGGAUGAACAUUAUACUGGGGACUGCAAAAGGGCUGAUGUACCUUCAUGAGGGACUUGAGCCUAAGGUUGUUCAUCGUGAUGUUAAGUCGAGUAACAUAUUGCUGGACAAGCAAUGGAACGCUAAGGUCUCUGAUUUUGGCCUUGCCAAGCUUUUGGGCUCUGAGAGGAGCUAUGUCACAACUCGUGUGAUGGGGACAUUUGGGUAUGUGGCUCCUGAAUAUGCAAGCACAGGAAUGUUGAAUGAAAGGAGUGAUGUAUAUAGUUUUGGAAUCCUUAUAAUGGAGGUCAUCUCUGGGAGAACCCCUGUUGAUUACAGCAGGCCGCCUGGAGAGGUCAACCUGGUUGAGUGGCUCAAAACUAUGGUGGCGAAUAGGAAUUCCGAGGGAGUGGUGGAUCCUAAAUUGGUUGAGAAGCCUUCCUCAAGAGCGUUAAAGAGAGCCCUCUUGGUUGCUCUUCGCUGUGUAGAUCCAGAUGCAUCAAAGAGGCCGAAAAUGGGGCAUGUUAUUCACAUGCUUGAAGUCGAUGAUUUUCCCUACCGUGAUGAUCGUCGAGUUGCACGGGAACCAGGGCGAUAUGUUAACAGCCUACGGACAAUAGAGAAGAAUGCAACUGACUCUGGUGAUGGCAGUGAAAACAUAAACCAAGAGAACUACAGGUGGAGAAGACAGUCAGUGCCUGCUAAAUAAUUGUUUGUGUGCAGUUUGCAGCAUCUAAUCUACGAAACUGCCAGGUCAAUGGCAAUAUUUUGUUUGUUUUUCUUUUCAUUUUUUCGUUUUAUUUUCUUGGUUUUUUCUGUUCUACCAUUUCUAAAUAUCUUAUACAGUUAUUCUGUACAUGAUGUAGCAAUCAUAGGUUAAUGCAAUUUGUUUUCUAGGUGAACUUCUCUGUGUGCAUAAUAUGCAGGUAGGAUUCCCUUGUUGGAAUCUUGGUAUCUGCCUUUCAUAAUUGGGGUUACAUGAUUGGACCUCAGUCUGUUGUUUUAGAUAUUUGAAUUAAGAUAAGAUGGCUGCCAUUUGGCUUA